UUCCAAUCCCCUCCAUAUCAUGUGAUUCAGGUGUUCCAAUCCCCUCCAUAUCAUGUGAUUCAGGUGUUCCAAUCCCCUCCAUGGACACAGGUGUAUACAAUCAAGCCCCUAGGCAUGCAGACUGCUUCUACAAACAUUGGUGAAAGAAUGGGUCGCUCUCAGGAGCUCAGUGACUCCAAGCGUGGUCCCGUGAUAGGUGGCCACCUGGGCAAUAAGUCCAUCCGUGACAUUUCCUGGCUACUAAAUAUUCCACGCUCAACUGUUAGUGGGAUUAUAACAAAGUGGAAGCCACUGGGAACAACAGCCACUCAGCCACCAAGUGGUAGGCCACGUCACAUGACAGGGCGGGGUCAGCGCAUGCUGAAGCACACAGUGCGCAGAAGUCACCAACUGUCUGCAGAGUCAAUAGCUAAAGACCUCCAAACUUGGUGUGGCCUUCAGAUGAGCCCAACAACAGUGCGUAGAGAGCUUCAUGGAAUAGGUUUCCAUGGCCGAGCAGCUGCAUCCCAG